AUGUUUGAGCGUGUCAAGCGGGGUCUCCUCCGCCGCCUCACCUCCGUCAGCCCCGAGCAGGAGGACGACGCGGCCCGGCGAAAGAUGCCCAUUCAAGGCCUGCAGGUCCCCGCCGUCGCCUGCAUGGACUGCGGCAGCACCAAUAACACCGUCACCAAGAAGGCAACCGCACUGCCAGAAGAGGAGUCACUCUACAGUGAAGCGGCACUGCGAGAACUGCUAGAGCAAGAUCCAGUACCACUUGAUGAAUUGUGUAGUUUGUGUCGACGUGGUUGUCCACCGGCGUUUCGCUGUGAAGUUUGGGGAUAUUUAACGGGGAAUUUACAACCAUUUGCAUCCAGCCGAGCAGCCGUUCUUGCACGUAAACGACAGGAAUAUUUAGGCUAUGUACAAAGCAGUUAUGGUGCGGUUGAUUGGAAUGCGGCAUUUAGGGCAGCAGAUGAGGCAACAAAUCCAAAUCCUUCAUGCAAUCGAGAAGGUGUGGGAAGAGGUGGAAAUUCCAAGUUGGCAUCUUAUAGUGAACGUCAGGGACAACCGAUUGUCUCAGCCAAUUAUGCUGUUGAAUCUGAACUUCUUAUGCUUAAACAAAUUCGUAAAGAUGUACCACGUAUGUCUGCUGGAGUGGCCUAUCUUCAUCACAGUCGUGUAAUGUUAACUAUUGAACGUAUUCUCUAUAUUUGGUCCUUACGGCAUCCUGCAUGUGGAUAUGUGCAGGGAUUGAAUGAUCUUGUAAUUCCCUUUAUUAGUGUGGUGCUGGCAAGUCGAUUUUGCCCCUCAAAGACAGUUUCAGAAUUACACACACUAACAGAAAAUGAGUUGAAUGCACUUUUUUCCCCUAUAGUAGUUACUGAAGAAGAAUGGAACUCUACUAUUGAAGCUGAUACAUAUUGGAUGUUUUCAUACCUUCUAAACUCUGUACAGGAAAAUUAUACAUACAAUCAAAAGGGUAUUUACAGUAUGGUGGAGAAACUUGAAGCGGUGGCAAAGGCUGUAGAUGGGAAACUUUAUAAACAUCUUUGUGAAAAUUUGCAAAUUAGUUUUAGUCAAUUUGCAUUUCGAUGGAUGAAUUGUAUGCUUUUACGUGAACUUAACGCUACUCAAUCACUACGAUUAUGGGAUGUAUAUCUUGCAGAUCAAGAAAAAGAUUGGUGUACCACACAUGUGUAUGUUUGUGCUGCUCUUUUAGUUUGGUGGUCUCCUGCACUUUGUAAAGAAAAUGACUAUGGUGUUGCGAUGAAGUUUUUACAAAAUUUACCUACGGAGGAAAUAAGUGAUAAAGAUAUUAGUGCACUUAUUUCUCAGGGUAUUGUUAUGCAGAAAUUGUACAACAACACUUUAAGUCAUCUUGCAUAG